AUGCUUUUUCAUCGUUUACUUCUGAAAGUCUUGCGGCCUGCUUUGAAUCGUGUUGCUGUUUUCGAGGCGUCUCGCAAGGAAAACCGAUUUGCGAUCGGAGGAAAGAAAACGGCUCUGCUUAUUUUAGCGUACAACCGUCCCCAAUUUUUAUUACGCACGUUCAACCAAGUCGUCAAAGUGCUCUCGAACCCGGCCAACUUGUUCUACGUGGACAUAGUAAUAUCGCAGGACGGCGCAGACAGCACCGUCACCACCUUGGUCGGCAUCAUCAGCAGUCGCGUCCGAUCGGAGAUCCCAUUCUGCCCCUUCCUCCAUCUCAAGCACAAGCCGGUAAAGCUGGAAGUGGACGCGCAGUACGGGUCCAUCGCGUAUCAUCUCUCCUGGGCGCUGAGCACUCUCUUCGGCACGCACAACUACGAGCAAGUCAUCGUUCUCGACGACGACGUUCUCAUCGCUCCCGACUUCUUCGACUACUUCAGCGCCACUUCCUAUCUGUUCAACAGCGAUCCCUCCAUCUACUGCAUCAGCGCCUACAACGAAAACGGCCAGUCCAAGUUCGUUCUCGAUCCCACCCUCAUCUGGCGAACCGACUACUUCCCCUCGCUCGGGUGGAUGAUCGAGAAGAAGCAGUGGAUCGCCUGGAAGGAUCUAUGGCCCACCGAUUUCUGGAGGGACUGGGUCCGAUCUCCCGCGGCGCGGCAGGACCGGCAGUGCGUCUACCCCGAGGUCUCGCGUGUGGUGACGUUCGGGAGCACCGGCGUGAACAGCCAGCCAUUCUACUGGGAGUUCGAAUCGAAGAUCAAGUUGAAUGAUCGAUUUGUCGAGUUUGGAAAGCGCGAUCUCGCGUAUUUGAUGCUGGAAAAUUAUGAGCCCAUGUUCCAGAGUUUGCUAAACGAAGCGACGGCGAUCCAGUCUCUCGAAGAGCUCGUUACUCUGCCCAUCGAAAGUACGGCCAAGCUAUUUUACACGAAACACCCGGGACCUCGCAGUUUCUACUCGUUGGCGACAAAAUUGGGGAUCAUGAGCGAUGCUUCGUUGGGCAUCCCUCGAACCGCUUAUAAGGGGGUUGUGACAGUUUACUACAGUGGAAUUCGUAUUUUCCUUGUGCCUGAAGGCGGCAUGUCUGCAACUUACAAAUGUGAUCUAUUUUUGUGA